AUGCCGCUGCGCCAUCGCACUGCCAAUGACGGCCCUGAUGUCAGGGAUCGCCGCACGCCCAUCGUUCAAGGUGGUGAAGACCCACCAACACAGCAACAGCAACGACGUGGCAUGGAGCCGCCCCUGCCAGCCAUCGACCGCGCCAUCCGAACCGCCAUCCUUGACGGCCGUACAGCACCGAUGACCUGUCCAAGGCUUGCCUCCUCGUUCCAGGCACAGACGUGUCGUGCUGGUGUGAAGAUUGCAUGCACAGCACGUACUCUGGCAGCAUUGAGUCGAUGCAUCCCACUUGCGUAUUGGAAUGAGGGCCGCUACCACAUCCUGUUUGAGUACAGUGACACACCAUGUCUCCCUGGCAUGCAGAACACCCCAUUCUUGCAGAGGAAGUACCUCGUCACCUUCAGAGGCACCACCAAGUCUGCUCGCUCUCAUGCCAUGCGCAACCAUCUCUCCACAGUUCACAACGGUAGGGACAUUGUGUUGGUGUGCGCGUGCCGGUGGUUUGACGAGGAGCGCAUGGGUCGUGAGGGCGAAGAGGAAGAGCUCAACAAGUACACGUACACGGAUCUGGCGCUGGAGACCAAGUUUGGGCUCAUCAUCAUGGCUGCGGGUACCAUCCCCGUCAUUGUCGUCGAUCACUACGUGCUGCCCUACCAGGACCUGCUGGACUGGGAGACGUUCAGCAUCCGCAUUCCCGAGCACAGGCUCCUCGAGCUUCCGAGGAUCCUGCGGUCGAUCCCUGAUGAGGUGGUGGAGAUGAUGCAGAGACGCGUUGUGUUUAUGUUUGAGGAGUUCUUCAAGUCCAUCUCCACCCAAGUGCACACAGCGCUGGAGUCUGCCAGGAUCAACCUGUUCAGCGGCGACAACGCCUGGCAGAGGGCCCUUGAGCCAGCAGCUGUCACCCCUCCCUCCACCAAUAACCACUGCUCUGGUGGGAUGAACAGACGGGCGCUGCCAUGCGAUGAUCAUCCAGCCACGCUGUGCGGCUGCGGAAGCAGCAACACCAGCAAUACACCACAGCACAAGCAAGCCAGCGAUGAGCAACGUGAGUGCCUGGCUGUUUGUUUGCAGCUGGGAACAGGUGCCGACGGCACAAGUUGCGUUUUCGGCUGGAAGCAGCAGCAAGCAGAGGCGAUGCGCACGCACAGGCAACAGGAUGAGGGAAAUGUCGAGGAUACUUGCCACGCGUGCCAGCUACACUCGCCUCACACAUGCUGCAACCACCCCGAUUCGGCUGCCGUUGCUGUGCUCAUGCAGUGUUCCCAUAUGCGUGAGCAAGCGACGCAGCUAUGCGCAGCUCGGCCGUCACCGUCAUCACCAUCAUCGCCAUCGACUGCACAGCCGCCAUCACACGCCGGCCGACACCAGCCCCAAUCUGGCGUGAGGCAGACAUUGCACAUGUCACUCGCUCUGAUGAAGAGCGUUGGCGAGGCGAAUGAAGCGGUGGAACCAACGACGAUGACAAUGACGAGUGAUGAAGCAACAACAGCUGAUGUGUGGCUGCAUUUGGAUGAACGGGCCCUCUGUAUCUUGUCCAUCUCCUCCUCGUCGUCGCCGUCAUUGGUCCCCAACAGCAGCGGCUGCGGCCAUGGAUGUGGAGGGUGUAUUGCGCGUCGAUGUGCCGUUGUGACGACGACAAUGAUGGUGGUGAGUGGUUUGACGGUGGCCGUUCUCUUCCCAGGCCCUCACGACACGAGCAGGGCGAUACACGCACACACAAAUGUGCAAGAAAAGAAGGCACGAGGCGGAUGAGUGCGGGUUUCCCCAACCGAUUUCCCUUCCCCUUUUCCCAACCAAUCCCCUUUGCUCUGUGUCAUCGUCAUCAUCAUCAGCCUUCC